CCUCUCGGGCUCAGGCUCCCGCAUCCAGUGUCGGAAGAUGUGGGGAAGAUGGCGGAGCUGCAGAUGUUGCUGGAGGAGGAGAUCCCCGCAGGCCGCCGAGCGCUGCUGGACAGUUACCACAACCUGGAUCGGGUGGCCGAGUACUGCGAGAGCAACUACAUCCAGGCAGCAGAUAAACAGCGAGCUCUGGAAGAAACCAAAGCCUACACAACCCAGUCCUUAGCAAGUGUGGCCUACUUGAUCAACACAUUGGCGAAUAAUGUGCUCCAGAUGCUGGACAUCCAGGCAUCCCAGCUCCGACGCAUGGAAUCAUCUAUCAACCAUAUUUCACAGACUGUGGACAUUCAUAAGGAAAAGGUUGCGAGAAGAGAGAUAGGUAUCUUGACCACCAACAAAAACACCUCCAGAACACACAAAAUUAUUGCUCCAUCCAACCCUGAGAGGCCUGUCAGGUAUAUCAGAAAACCCAUUGAUUACGCCGUCUUGGAUGACAUCGGACAUGGAGUGAAGUGGUUGCUUAGAUUUAAGGUUAGCACUCAAAACAUGAAGAUGGGUGGGCUUCCACGAAGCACCCCACCCACACAGAAACCCCCCAGUCCCCCAGUGUCGGGAAAAGGUACCCUAGGUCGACAUUCUCCUUAUCGGACACUGGAGCCCGUGCGCCCUCCGGUGGUGCCAAAUGACUAUGUACCGAGUCCAACUCGCAACAUGAGCUCCUCACAGCAACAAAGUCCAGUGCGGACAGCUUCUGUAAAUCAGAGAACAAGGACAUACAGUAGCAGUGGAAGCAGCGGGGGAAGCCACCCAAGCAGCCGCAGCAGCAGCAGAGAGAAUAGUGGCAGUGGAAGUGUUGGGGUCCCCAUUGCAGUACCAACUCCUUCUCCACCCAGUGUGUAUCCAGGCUCUGCGGGUACCCCUCCACCACCUACCACCUCUAAUCUUACUCCAGUCCCUGUUCCUGCUGCUCCUGCCUCUGCUGCAGUACCUGCUUCAACUCAAGGUCCUGUUCCCUCUGCAACCCCUGCCCAUGUUCCAAUACUGACCCCAGAAUCCAUAGCAGGAGCUCAGCCCUUUGCUGAUGGCUUCAUCUCACCAUCUCUCCCUGCUGUCUCUUCUGCUCCUACUGCAGGGCACACUCCCCAGUUCUACAGCAUGAAUCGACCAGUGCAACGGCAGAAUCCUACCACGAUUGGGGGUUCUCUGCCUGGCUACAGACGUCCACCAUCCUUGGCCUCACAGGCCAGUCUUCAAAAUCAAGUCAAUGGAGGUCCAUACUACUGUCAGAACCAGGCACCUGAAUCAAGAGCGCCCCUUGCUCCACCACCACCUUCUAUCCUGCAGGUUACACCGCAGCUACCACUGAUGGGCUUCGUGGCCAGAGUACAAGACAAUAUUUCAGAUGGCUCCACCCCCCCUCCUCCUCCACCAACAGAUGAUGUAGUAUUUGAUGAAUCACCCCCACCUCCCCCACCACCAGAGGAUUACGAGGAGGAAGAGACGGCAGUGGUAGAGUACAGUGACCCAUACGCAGAGGAAGAUCCACCUUGGGCACCCAAGAAUUAUUUGGAGAAAGUUGUUGCUAUCUAUGACUAUUCAAAAGACAAAGAAGAUGAAUUGUCUUUCCAAGAAGGCGCUAUCAUAUAUGUGCUGAAGAAAAAUGAUGAUGGCUGGUAUGAAGGAGUGAUGAACGGUGUGACUGGUCUGUUCCCUGGCAAUUAUGUGGAAUCCAUCAUGCACUACGCAGAAUGAGGUGCUGAAGGCAGCUCCUCCACCCUCCUGCUGGUGUACUGCCACACUCUGUGGCUUCCUGUAAUGCUCGGACAUGCACAAGCUGAAAAUGAAGGAUUCAAGUAAACAAUACGCAAUAUACAUUUAUUGAACCAGGACGGAGCAAAGUGACAUUGUCUCUUGGGAAGCUCUGAUUCCAAUGUAAGAUCUGGUGACUGUUGUGAAAUGAGCUCUGUGCACGCGUGCAUACAACCAAACAAACAUACAUACACACAUACAUAUAUACACACACACACACACACACACACACACCCCCACCCUUGCACAAACACAUAUUCUCUCUCUCACUCUGUCUUUCUCUCUCUCUCACACUCACACUCACACGUGUGUAUUCUCUUGCUCUCACCCUCUCUCUCACCUCUUUCGCUUUCUCAAAUGUGCAAUGCAGUCAUUCCUGGUGUUAAAGGGUUGACCGAUACCACCAUUACUACAGGGCAAGUACCUUGCCAGGUCCAAACAAACUGCAUCUGUGGUGCUGCCAGAUUCUGAAUUAAGCUAUUUUCUGUCUCAUUUUUUAAAGAUUCUGAAAGUAGUUAUUCCUGAUGGCUCAAUAUGGGCAUCAGUUGGAAGCAGUUAUAUUACAGUACUAAUUUACACAGCAGCCGUAUAGGAUAUGCUGGCAGACGACUCAUAUAUGAGUGCUUUGUUCACCUGGAAGCAUGGAAACUGACAUUUCUUUGAAGCCUGGCAAGUAUACUUUGUUGUCAUCUCUAACUGAGAAACAGCUGUACCUUCCAGGGGUUGUUCCCUUGUAAAUGGGAGGGGUUGGGGCAUGCCUGGAGAGAGCAUCGUGGGUAGGAUUACGUGAGUACAGAUUUGUGACUCUAUGAUAGUUGUUUAUAGUGUUGUUAAGGACUGGUAUAUCCCUAGAAAGCACUGAGAUAUUAUUGAUGGGAACAGAUUUAUUACUGCGUAAACUAUGGUACAUAAUUAAAUGUUCUACAAGUGUUUAAUGAUAGAAUACAAUACUAAUGUGUAUUGGGUUGCAUAGAAAUUUCUGGAGAAUGGGUUGGACUGCAAGCAUAACACAGUAUUAUAAACUAAGAUUAAUAAUUUCUCCAGUUGUGUCAAGUAUGUUAAUCAAGGUUAGAAGCGGCAAGACUAAUAUCCUUUUUGUGAUUUCUUCAACUUGUUCCUUAAUUUGUUGAACGAUAUUCUUGAUCCCAGUUGAUCACUGAAUAAAUAGAAUUUAUGGAGAUUUAUCAAUGAACGCUUGAGAAAUUAAGUUGUUCUGGUGCAAAUUAUAGAUAUCGCAAACAUGGACUGGGGAAAUAGUGGGUGGAGGGGAUUGGGAAGAGAGUUGAGGAAGAUGACAAAAAUUUGACCAGGUUGCUAGGAUGUGAAGGACUUCACUCUGUGUUAAUUGAAUAUGCAUUUUGGUUACUGCAUUGAGAUUUGAUCUAUUUUCAUCUCACAUUUACACUGCUGAAGUAGAAGAAGAUUGUGCCUCAGUGAAUUCAGUAGGAUUGUGCGAUCUGGACUCAGACAUGAAGAAUGAGACCAACAGGUAUCUGAACCUGGUGGAAACUUGCCAGACUGCUGAAGUAGAACUCAAGUUGGUAGAAGUAAAUGGGUAUAAGCAAAAGUCCUCUUUAACGAAUGAAUGAAUAUGAUCUAGAGACCAACCAUUACCCAUUUGAGUUUCAAUAUCUUGUGUGACAACUAAUUGGUGAUCUUGAGUCAGGUUUCAUAAAUGGUUCUGUUUAUUACUGCUUUCAAAUGGGAUUGCUGAGAUUUCUGGAGUUUGUGUGGCAAUCCGUACAGCUGUUGGGUGGACAGUAGAGUUACUUGUUUGUUGCCAACAUUGCCUUUCAGAACUAUCGUGGUUUCGAGGAAAUCCAGCCAUUGCUGUGAGCACUCCAAGAAAAUAACAUAAAUGUUAAACAAAAUUCAUCUUUAUGAAAUAUUAAAGGUCAUCAAACUCCAUUUCGUUAAUCGUGUCAAAUAACAAAAAGUUAGUUCACUUCCAAUUAGCAUAGACAGGGCAAUAUUGGUAGAAGAUUGGUCAGUGGCAUUUAAUGAUGGUGCAGAGAGAUUGGAAAUAAUGAAUAUAACUCCAAGGAUGACGUCAAACCAGAGUUGGAGGUUCUUUUUCUAAUUCACCGAUGUACUGUGUUGACAAUCUUCAGCAUGUACACAUUCACUCUAAAGCAUGGAUCUUGAGAUUAACUAGUGACUUCAUAGUCCAAAAAUUGUAGUUUCUCUGAAAUUGUCACAAACAGCUAUUGACUUUAACUGCAUUGUCUUGCCUUCUUAAGACCUUGAAUCAUUAACUUCUGAGUUCAAAACCAAAUACAACUCAAGCUCAUAAUCAGUAUUCAUGGCUCAAUUCGGGAAUGCUUACUCAGAUUUUGGCAAAAUUGGUCAAACUUUGGAAAAGAAUCUGCAAAUGGGUUUGGUGUGAGUAUGGGAAAAGCACCUUAAGGUAAGAGAGUUAAUGUUCCAGCAACAAGAAAUCUCAUGAACUGAAAUUUGUUCUUCAUCUGAACUUACCUUGUGAUAUGACCGUUACUUCAAAAUAGAUAUAAGUUUCAUGCUACUUUUUUUUUUAGGUGAUGAGCUCCAUUUUACAUGAAUCAUUUUUUAAGAGGCACGAGUUUCAGGCAGUAAGGGCAUUCACAUGUACACCUGUCAAUAGCACACAAUAAUAGUAGCAAAUAUAAUUUUGUCAUGAAUCUAUAUUAUAAUUUAUACCUGAGCCUCUGUUUAGGACAUAAAAAUCUUUAAAGAAAUGAAACAACUGCCUGAGGAUGUGGUACUUUUGAAAAGCCCAGUGCUUUAGAUUGUGAAUGGGAGUCACUGGCCUUGUAGUACUGGUGCUUAAUGUAUCGGUCGACCCUUUGGUUUCUUUGCUUAUUAUUGCAGUAAUAAUGUGUAAAUAUCCUCAUUGGUUUUAUGCAUCAUUUUGUAAGAUUGAAGUCCUCUCUUGGGUUGGCUGAGAUGCUGUGUAAAGAAUACUGACUAGAGCUUGAUAUAAAAGAAUCUGUGUCUGUAAUGUUUGAAUAGACUGCAUGCUAUAGUCCCUGUCCUGGAGCUUGCUUUAAUUCUUCACAUUACCCUCCUCUUCAAGCUGAACUUUUUCAUUUCUUGUUGUGGGUGGGAUCGGAAUGUGUGCCCACCUACUCUAGCACGGAAGUGUAGGGAUUUUUCACUUUUCCAAGGCCCACCAACAUGCAAUACUACCAGAUGACCCCUUCAUUUCACUGCCAAAUGCUUCUUAUUCACUGCCAAGUUUUCCCAUUAAAGCAUCGCCAAAUUUUACCUUCAUUGAAAUGCACACAUAUUCCAAGGCAAUAAUCUAAAAGGAACCUGCACAUUACUAACUGAUUUGAGGUUUCCCUUAUAGCACUAAUUUUGAGUGGGCAUUUGGAUACUUUCUCUCUUUCCCUCCCCCCCACCAACUUGUUUUCCUGAUUUUUUUUCCCUCCUCUUUUGAACAGCUGGGGUUUGCUGCUGACUUUUCUAUAUUAUGUGACUUGAUUGCUUUGAAAACCCACCUUUAAUAUAAAAUAUGAAAACAGAUGAUAUAUGGUAAAAGAUUGAAAGAUGUUUUCAGAGGGACCUGUAUGUCCUUGUACGUGAAACACGGGAAGUUAACAUGUAGGUACAGUAAAUGCAAUUAGGAAGGCAAAAGGUAUGUUGGUCUUUAUUAACUAUGUUCUGCAUGUAACAACCACUCUCUCCAAUUUAGAGCCUGGGUGAGACUAUUUGUUAUAUUGUGUACUGAUCUGAUUUAUGAAGGAUAUAUAGAGUGCAAUGAAGCUUUGCCAGAUUGAUUUUUCAGGCUGCAGGGAUGUCUUGUGAGGAAGUAUUCAGCUGAACAGGCCUGUACUCAUGUGAUGGGGAAAUGAUAUAAAUAUAUAAUAUUCAUAAACAACUGGAUUAAUAUGCAGUCGGUUUCCCCUAGCAAAAGUGUCUAGGACUAAGGGUCACAAAUACAAAGCAAGAGGUCAACCAUUUAGGAUAGAGGUGAACAUAUUUUUUAUUCCACCCAGAGGGCUGUAAAUCUCUGGAAAAAGACUGCGAGGCUCAGUCAAGACAAAUAUUAAAGGAAUCAAAGGAUUUAAGUUAAUGAAGGAAAAUAUGCUGAGGUAGAAGAUUUGCCAUCAUCUUAGUGUAUAUUGGAGCAGGCAUGAGGGACCAAAUAGACUGCUAUUUUUGAUGUCUUAAAGGAUCAUUUAUGUACUAGGUUAACUAAUUCGAUGCCACCUUCUGAUUCAUUCUUCACAACAGACAUACUGCUCCCUUGUUUUUUGCUGUCUGUUAAUGUGUGACUGAGAUCUUAUUUAUAGUUGCAGUGUGGAGAUUUCUAAUCUUGAGAUCAGUUUUACAACAAUCCCUGAGAUUUUUAAACUGCAUUGUUGAUCCUCAGUUAAAUACCAUAAGGAACCCAAACUUUGGCCUAAGGAACAAAUUAGGAGUUGGAGCCUCUGUGACUCAGAGGUGUCGAGAAGCCAUCACUACGGAAUUUGGGGCUUUCCAAUACAUGUGCCUUUGUGCUAAGCUGUCUCCGAGGUUACCCAGUGAGCCAUGUCUGAGUUUGGUGGUUGCAGUCACUUAAUGAAAUGUUACAAUGGUUAAGUGGUAUAUAAUGUUUAUCUGACACCACUUAAACAAAUUUCUACUACAACCAUGUGGCUUGCAAGACUACAGAAGCAGAUGUUACCCGAAAGGUUGAGAUUAUUGUCAGUUAAGAGGUGGCACAGUAUUGCAGUUAAUUGAAAUGCUGCCUGAUAGCUCCAGCUGGUCAGGUGCAGUCAAGACUUCCAAUCCUCUCUUCCAUUGCACUCUGCAGUGCCCUACCAUUCAUAGUAUGUCCUACUCUGGUUUGACUUUCCAAAAUGCCUCACAUUUACCUAUAUUGAAAUCCAUUUGCCGCUCCUCAGCCUACUUCUUUAACAGAUUAUGGUUCCCAACAACAUUAAAUCUGUGUCAGCUGAAAGCUUACUGAUAAGCCUUGUAUAUUCGAAUCCAAAUCAAUUAUAUAAAUAACAAGAAACGAGAGUCCCAAUCACUUGUCAACAGCCUCCGUUCUGAGAAACAACCUCAAACCACCAUCCUCUGCUUCCUACCUCUGAACUAAUUUUAAGCCUCUGUGGAUUCCAUGCAAACUAACCUUCCAGACCAGUCUACCAUGCAUAACCUUGUUGAAGGCCUUGUUAAAGUCCAAAGAGACAACACCCACAGCCGUAUCCUUAUCUUCCUUUUUAGUAACCUCUUUAAAACAAAUCGAAAAGGUUCAUCAAGUGCAUCUUCCCAUGCACAAAACCAUGCUAACUCCUCCCAAAAUGACUCUGUCUGUCCAAAUGCUGGUAGGUCCUGUUUCUCAGAAGUCUCAGUAACUUCCACACUAUUGAUAUCAGGCUAGGCAGUUCCUGGCUUGUCUUUACUACCCUUUUCAAACAACAGAACAACAUUAACCAUUUCCAGUCUUCAGGAACUUCACCAGUGGCUAAUGACAAAACAAAUAUUUCUGCAAGGACCCCUGCAAUUUCCUCUCAAGCCUCCACAAAGUUCAAGGAUGCACUUGGUCAGGCCCCAAACAUUUAUCCACCCUAAUGUACUGUAAGGCUGCAAGUACCUCCUCCUGCAAAUACAAAUGGUCUCCAAAACAUCUCUUGUUUCCCUUAUCUCUUGAGCAACCAUGGUUUUCUCCUCAGUAAACACAAGGGGAAUUAUUUGUUCAAAGUCCCACCCAUCUCUUGGGGCUUAAGACAUAAGCAGCUCUGCUGAUCUCAAAGGGGACCUAUUCUAUCUAUAGUCACGUUUUUAAUACAGCUUUAGAAGUACUUCUGAUUUUUCUUAAUCUUACUGGACAAAUCCAUCUCAUAAACACUUUGUCCUUCUGAUUUCCCUCAUAAGAGUAUUCUUAAUUUUUUUUUAGUCAUCAAGGGAUUUGCUCAAUCCUGACCUCUUAAGCACAAUGUAUGAUUCUUUCUUUUCCUUGACCAGAGCCUCAAUAUCGCUCAUCAAAGUUCCCUAAACUUGCCAUGUUUACUCUUCAUCCUAGCAGGAGCAUGUUUCUCUUGGGCAUUUGCUCUCACACUCUUAAAAGCCUCCCACUUAUUACCCAGUCAGACUCUGCUAGAUUCCCCCAAAAUUAGCCUACUGUCGUUUAGGAGCCUAAACUGUGGACCUGUCCUAUCCUUUUCCACCACUACCUUAAAACUAAUAGAAUUACCCUGUGUGGUCAUUAGGCGCCAUCGUAGCAAUUAGGGCAACACUAUUACAGCUUGGGGCAUGAGAGUUCAUAGUUAAAUCCCGGCAUCUUCUGUAAGGAGUUUGUUCAUCUUCCCCGUGGAAUGCGUGGGUUUUCUCCAGGCACUCUGGUUUAUUCCCACAAUCCAAAGAAGUAGGCUAAUUGGUCAUUGUAAAUUGUCCCAUGAUUAGGCUAGGUUUAAAUUGGGGGUUGCUGGGCAGUACAGCUGGAAGGGCCUGUUUGGCACCAUCACAAAAUAAAGUAUUCUCUGACUGCCUCAUUCCUUUAGAGGGGGCCCAGUAUUGCACUUUCCAAGUUGGACCCUCUAUAUAUUGGCUCAGGAGAUUUCCCUGGAUACAUUUCACAAAUUCCAUCCUAUCCAGGCCCCUUAAUAUUCUGGGUGGCACAGGCAAUAAUGAGGAAAUCAAAAUUCCCCACUCAUGUAACCAAUACAACCCCGUUAUUCUUACAAAGUUCCUGCUGACUAUGGGGGGGGGGGGUAUGUCUAUAAUGCAGCCUCAUUAGAAUGACCCUUUCUUGUUUGUAAGUUCUACCAAAUGGUCUCACUGUUAUCGGAAAGGCUACAGCCUCUUCUUGCUUACCUGUACCUAUACCUGUCAUGCCUGUAACAUCUGUAUUCUGGAAUACUAAACUGCCAGUCAUGCCCUUCUCUCAGUCAUGAUUCUGUUACAGCCAUAAUAUUCCAGUCCUCAGAGCCAAUCCAUGCUGAGUUUGCCUGUCUUACUUGUUAAACCUCAUGCACUAAAAUAAAUGUAUUUGAACUAAAUAUUCACUUCCCUGUCUAUCCUGAUUACUAAACUUACUCUUGCUGAUUAGUGCUUUCUCCUAUGACUUGCUCCUGCUCAGAGUCCCACCACCCACUCUCUUGCCAAUUUAGUUUAACCCAUCCUGGGAGGCAACACACCUCUGUGACCACAUAAUCUUGCCCCUUUUGGGUCUCUAUCACAAUAUCCCAACUACCCUUCUCCUCAACUUUGGGCCUCAAUGCAGUGCCAGCAACGUGGCUACUGCUCCGCGUGUGGUAUACCAGUUAGUGAGGGGAAUGGCCAUGCCUACUCCCCUUAUUUUUCGUCAAAAUCACCCAUCUAUCUGAAGUGUGACCACCUCAGUAGAAGUCUCAUCUAUGAGGUUCUCAUCCUCCAACUCCAGCUCAAGUUCCUUGACCUGUGCCCCUCCGCUAAAGUCUCUUGAGCAGAGGCCUUAACUCCCCAGUCUCUCAAUUUCUGCUCAAAAAGGCCACUUAACCUUACACUCACCAGAUAUUAAAAGACUUUCAUUUUUAAAGUUCCUGCUCUCACUCCAUGCACCUCAGCCGCUUUCUCAGCAUCGUCACACCGAAAACUCCUGAGCCAAAGUGUCAGCUUCAACUCCUCCAUUGGCUACUCCAAAAUGGCCACUCACUUGACCCAAGUUGCUUUCUUUUGGCUAUUGUUAAUUGCCAAUCAUCUAUCGACUACAAUUCGUUGACGCCUCUUAAAUUUCUGUAGUGAAACUCGCACGCACCAAGACUUGCCUCUUUAAACUUUCCUGUUCUCCUGAUAGCUUAUAGAUGGGACAAUUUCACAUCGGCUCCCAAUGUUUUGUUUGGUCACAGUGGGGAGAGCAGGGCAACCAGACUGUGGCAACUGUCCCAACCUUGCUGGGCCUCUUUUCAAGUUAUCAUUUCUGUGUCAUGACACCUUGCUGGUGAGGCCCUUUGCAGUAGAAUGCCCCAGCUGGAACACAAAUGACCUCAUGCACUGCAGGGGGAUAGGGAGCUGCUUAGGCAGCCACCCUAUACAGUACCUGGAAUGAAUACAGCACUUCCCUUCAAAUUAUAUCUUCGUCUUUCGCUUAAGAGAAAAGAAAUAAUCCCUCCUGAUAGAUGGGUGGUUGGGAAAAUCGCAUUUUUAUUCUGAGUAGAGGAAUUGAGAGGGAUUUUGUGGAUUAAUUGAUGAUGCUAAUUAAAUCAGCAGCUCCUUUUAUCAUUGUAUCAUGCAACUACCAGGAUGGUAGAGGCAGAACUAAUUUUUUUUGAGUAAUUACUAUAAAAGACUCCACAGAAGCCACAUAUAUACUGUAGUGCAAACUGAUGGUAUCUAAUUUAACAUGAAAAGCCUCCAGGACAUUUAUUUUGAAAAGAAUGGUGUGGUUGUCAGAUUGAACUAUAUGAAGAUCCCUGUCCCCUUCCCCUUGACACCAGGCUAAGACAGUGAACUCUGAACCUACUAAUUUUUGCAUCUCGAUCCCUGCUAGAAAUUAAAAACAUUGAUUUUAUCCACUACUAGCUCCUCAGAUGAGAAAAUAGGUCUGCUGUCUGCUCAUGGUUCAGGGGCUCAUUAACUGGGCUGAGGUUUGAAGGAGGGAAGUAAUUGGUUUUUGUGCUUGCUGACACUAAACUCGGAUCAUCUUUUCUCCCCCUGUCUAAUGGGUGGGACACAGCUGUACAUUUUCUGUGCGUGCAAGAAUAAAGUUUUGUGAAUUAACUGUAUCCUGUGUAUAUAAAAAAGUUUAAAGGCCUCAAGUCUUAAAUAAUAAAAAGAUAAGUGACUGGAAUGUUUAAAGUACAUCUACUGCAA